GUUGGCCAGCACUCUUUCGCGAGAAGGGCGUAGAGAACUUUCGGUUUCGCAGCUUUGACGGCGGCGGCCUGGAACCGGGAUCGAAGAAGCGGGUGAAGAAGAAGAAGAAGAAGGAGGAGUUUCUGAGCACCUGGACGGCAGUGGUGGAAGUUCUGCGGAGACAUACCUCGGAGUCGGAGAACCGGGAGCAGAUUCAGAUUCUCUUUCACUGCUGCCUGGGAACCGAGGCCAUCGACCAUGUCCUCAAGGCUCGUGCUGGGCAGGCGUAUUGGAAAGGCAAGCACUGGAUGCUGGAAGCUUUGAUUUAA